AUGUUAGGAGUACAACUAGGUGGAUCUUAGAUUUCUGUAGGUCAAACUACGAUAAAUAAUUUAGAAAGUGAGGAUUUUGACAUCAAAAAAAGAAUGUCACUUGUUUUUUUAGCAACAAUGGCAGCAGAAUCUAAAAUAGAAGACGAGCGCUUGAAGCUUAGUGAAAAUAAUUAGUUUUAUCCUGAAAUAGCAUUCAAUUUUUUAAAGAAUUUUUCAAAGCAUAUCAAAGAGACUUAGAAAACAUAGUCAUUUUUUGAUUUUUCUAUUAGUCCAAACGAUGUGAUGGAGUACAGCCAAAUUAAUAGCUACAGAUCGGGAUAUAUUCCUUAUUCAGAAUUGCUAGCUUUGCUAAAUUUCUACUCUAUUGAGUAUACAGACAAAGUUCUUGAGUGCAUUAUCAAGUAUUAUGAUUAAAUAGGAUAUACUAAUGGUAUGUGCUAUGACGCUUUCUUAAAAAUGACAGUUUCACAGUCAGUUCCUCAAGCAAAAAUGAAAGUAAUUAAGCGCAAAGUCAUCUUUGAAACAGAAAAUGUUUCUUAGCAACCAGCUUAGACCUAAACUGUUCAAAGCGUUAAAGGAAAAAAAGGAACUCUACCUCCUCUGAGCGUUAUCUAAUCACUAGUUUUGAUUUUCGAUUUAGAAUGUAAUUUAAUCACUUUUACUGAAAAAGAGAAAUUAAAAUUAUAGCAUAAUCCUUAGCAAUACACCAUUCUUAACUUCUUUGAGUUGAUAGAUGUAGAUAAGAAGGGAUAUUUAGAUUUUUCUGCUGUGUUUAAUUUUAUAAAAAGAACAAAUAACUAAAUGGUUCCUAACUAAUAUCUUGGGCUUCUUCGUCGUAUGAAAAAACCAGAAAUCUGUGAAACAAUAUCAUUCUAAGAUUUUAAGGAUUUUUUUUCACCAGUCUUACCUUAUUUCACUCCUGCUGAUUCUUCCUAGUAUGAUUCAGUUUAGCUUUAUCAUGAGGUAAAUCGUAGCACUGUUGCUGAUCCAAACCGUAGCUAAUUACUAAAUCAGACUACUUCAGCCAGUAAUAUGAAUUAAUCUAUAUUACAAAGCUAGGCAGCCGUCACUUACAAUUCUAGAAAUCCCUAUGAGAAUUCUAACUAAAAGGUUUACUUUAAAGAUAAACAAGGAAGAAUAGUGGAAAAAAAUCACCCUCAUGAACCUGUUUUUAUUAAAGAAAAUCCUCAUUUCACUGAAAUAUUAAAAUCAAAUAUUAAUAUCGUUCAUCAUCCUAACGAAUCAAAUAUUUACACUCUCAUACCAGAGCAAUAUUUUGAGCUAGCUCCUCUUAUGAACAAGCCUCCUCUAGCAGCUACUUCUCCUCUUCCUGUAGCUCCUCCUCCUUCAAAUAUUAUUUCAACAAAGAACUAUCAAAUAAAUUAUACAGACUAUCAAUUACCAAAAGUAGAUCCUAAGGAUAUGACUGGUGUUGAUCCAUUCUUCAAAAGAGCUACUUCUUAAAGGUAAUUCUAUAGCGUUGAGCCAAAGAAAAAUGGAAUUUUUGAUAGCGUUUCUGGAGCUAAAGUGUUAGCUAAUCCAAAUGCACCUACUUAAAAGUAAUCUUAAUAGGCACUUUUAGAUAUAGAUUUAUCUAAAAUUAGUGAUGUUAAUGCAAAGCGUAUUAUCUAACAAUAAUAAGAGAUAAUUAAGCAAUAACAAGAACAAUUAUAAUCUUAAAUACAAUAAUAAUAAAUGCCCCUUUACAAUACAACACAUGUACAAUAAUAGCAGCUUGGCUUCUAAGCAGGAGCUCCUCCAAGCAAUAUGAAUUUGGCAACAGUAUCUGGAGUAAACCCUUAACAACAAUUCUAAGGAUAUGUUCCUUAAUAGGUUUCUGUGAAUCAAUAAUUUUAAUAGCUUUACAAUUAGAGCCCAAUUAUUUAGGAUAUAGUAUAGUUACGUCAUACAAACACUGCUUCUUAUGACCCAAGUGAAGUAUUUACUACUAAUGCUGCAAAUAACAUGAGAAAUACAAACGUUUUGCAAGAUUCUUUUAAUGCAAAAAUAAACCCUUUCAAUCACAAUUCUUUACUUCCUAAUCAAUUAAAGUAAUCACAAAAGAUUAUAGGAUCUGCUCCAAAUGUUAAUAACUCAUUUAUAGUCGAAACAAUUCCAUUUUCAACUCAUCAACUCUAGAAAUCAACUAUAAUCAAUCCUAUUUUGAUGAAAGCAAAGAGCAAAUCUCCAAAUAAGAAAAAAAUUUUCGAUCCUUACACAGAUAUUAUUUCAAAUGCAUAACUAAACGAUCAUUCUUAUAGAUUCUCAAAUUCCAAUCCUCUCUUUAAAAGCUGA